AUGGAAAAUCAAAGUCAUCAUGGUCAAGCCUAUCAGACUUAUCAAUCCUUUUGGAAAAAAAAUACUCAUGCUGUACCAGGCAGACCAAGUCCAAAGCAAGAUGGUAAGCACAGUAGAAUGGGUGCUACAACACUCCUGUCUGGUAGUUCAACCACUGCAGUGUCUACCAGUGGAGGUAUAUCGGGCAGCAGUGGAGGUUCCACAUCUUUUCAAGACUUUCAAGAAAGUAUAGAUGAUGCCUGGGAUUCGGGAGACGAUGAAUUUUGCACUGUUUCUGAUGUAAAAAUAUCCAAACGAGUCAGUCAUUCUGCUGCACUCAGUGUUAUUAACAGCCAUCGUUCAAGAAAAUCGUGUUUAGACUCUGGGACAAAUUCGAAGCCUUCUCAACGGGUUCAAGAAAUUAUACCUGAAGAGAAGAAGGCAGAAGCUCUCCAAAGAUUAGCAGUUCAACCUUUACAUUUGCGAAAUGCUAAUUUGUCUAUGAACACGCAGCUAAACAACAGUCAACAUUCCAUGGAUGAUACGGAUAUAAAAUAUGGUGCUUCCCCACAUCAUAAACCAACGCUCCCAGGCAGGCCACAACCGUUAAGACAAACAAAUGCUCCCACCAAAUUUUUUAUACCUUCUAAGGAACAAGAUGGCGAAAGUAAAGUAGAUAAAUUUCAAUCUCUUUUGGAAGCUUCUGUAUUAAACUUAGACGAAUUAAGACAACUGUCUUGGUCAGGUGUACCUGCAAGGUUGCGAUCAGUUACCUGGAGGUUAUUGUCUGAGUAUUUGCCAGCGAAUUUAGAAAGAAGACAAAGUGUAUUAGAACGUAAACGUCUCGAUUAUUGGAAUUUAGUAAAACAGUAUUAUGAUACUGAAAGAGAUGAAGGAUUUCAAGAUACAUAUCGUCAAAUUCACAUUGACAUUCCAAGAAUGUCGCCCCUUAUCUCGUUAUUCCAACAAACAACGGUACAAUUAAUCUUUGAAAGGAUACUCUAUAUUUGGGCAAUCCGUCACCCUGCUUCCGGAUACGUUCAGGGGAUGAAUGAUCUAGUGACACCCUUCUUCCUGGUAUUUCUACAAGAAGCAGUACCCAUAUCUGCAUGGCAGGACUUGGAGAAUUAUGAUGUCGCGUCAUUACAACAAGAACAGAGAGAUAUUAUAGAAGCAGAUAGCUUCUGGUGCUUGUCUAAAUUUCUCGAUGGUAUUCAAGAUAAUUAUAUCUUUGCUCAAUUAGGCAUUCAGCACAAAGUGAAUCAGUUGAAAGAACUUAUACAAAGAAUCGAUGCGCCAUUGCAUCAGCACCUUCAUAAACACGGCGUAGAUUAUUUACAAUUCUCGUUUCGAUGGAUGAAUAAUUUACUAACCAGAGAAAUUCCUCUUCAUUGCACGAUUCGUCUGUGGGACACUUAUUUAGCGGAAUCCGACCGAUUCGCUUCGUUUCAACUGUACGUGUGCGCCGCGUUUCUACUUCGUUGGAGGCGUCAUUUGCUUCUACAACCCGAUUUCCAAGGACUGAUGUUAAUGCUACAAAACCUGCCCACCCAGAAUUGGACGGACUCAGAGAUAGGUGUAUUGGUCGCGGAAGCAUACAAGCUAAAAUUCACGUUUGCUGACGCUCCGAAUCACCUGCAGGCUCACGAUACCAGGUGACCAUUUUGUAAUGCCUCUAGAUAAUGGUAUCGUAAUAGUGGCCAAAUAACGUUGGCACAAAUGAUUUUGUGCUAAGUUGUUCGUUCUGUGUUAUGGCCAUCAUGUAUAUCAUACAAUUACAUGAGUUACCGGCCGCCUUCGGUUGUUUUAAACCCGAUAAUUUUUAUCGCUCCCUUUGGUCUAAGAAAGUUCUAUAUUUUCGUUACGUUUUACGA